UUUCUUGGGCCUUUUUCUUUACUUUGCCGACAGAAUCGGUAAGCAAAACAGACGGAAAAAUGCUUCCGAAAUUGCGAAAACUAAUGAGGGAUAAUGGUGUCGGGUGGUUCCUACAAAAUGGAGCGCUCUUCUUGUCCACCAAGCAAGCGACCAUGGCCCGGAAGAGCCCUGGGAGCCACAAAGUCCAGGCUCUCUACGACCUCUGCCGAAAGACGUUCACCCCCUCCGGGACACCGCCUCUCUCUUCUCACUCCGCCCAGAAGCUCUGUUCCCUCUUGGACACAAUUGGCCCUGCUGAUGUUGGACUUCCCGAAGAUGCUUUGGAGGAUGAUCGUGGGCAUGGUUUCUUUGGACUUAAUCGAUUAGACAGAGUCCCUCGCUGGGCUCAACCAAUAACAUAUGUGGAUAUACAUGAAUGUGAGAGUUUUACGAUGUGUAUAUUCUGUUUUCCUACUUCUGCAGUCAUACCUCUUCAUGACCAUCCGGGCAUGACUGUUUUCAGCAAAGUUCUAUACGGGUCUUUGCAUGUUAAAGCAUAUGACUGGGUUGAGCCUGCCCGUAUCCUUAAUAAAAGCGGACCAGUGAGAUUGGGUAAGCUAGCUGUCGAUAAUGUCCUAACAGCGCCAUGCACCACGUCAGUUUUGUACCCUAAUACUGGCGGCAAUCUGCAUUGUUUUACUGCAAUCACUCCUUGUGCAGUACUGGACAUUCUCUCUCCUCCUUACAGGGAAGAUGCUGGCCGAAGAUGCACUUACUACUGCGACUAUCCCUAUUCAACCUUCUCAAACGAAGAUGAGAAGAGUGAUGAGGAAAACUACGCGUGGCUUGCUGAGACCAGUACACCUGAUGAUCUAUACAUGCGGCCCGGCAAAUAUAACGGCCCUCCCAUUCAGGUUUAGCUUUCUUUAAAGAUAUUUGUGAAGGAGGCGCUACUAAGCGGGUUUUGGAAGCGGAAAAGGUUUCAUCCUAUCAUCUAGUGGGUGUGGAAGGGGAGGGAGUGUUCAGAGCAGAAUGGUGGUCCAAGUUGCUAAUCACCGGCUCAUGCCCAUCUAUAAAUCGUGAGCCAUGGCGAGUAUGCGCAUUGUCGUUUACCUCGAACUGUAUGAGAUUAUUAUACAGCUCAUGAGCAUGUUGAUAAUCUGACUGGACGACCAACUUUUGCAUCCUCAAA